GAGGCCGCUGGGAUCCCGGGCUCACAUGACCGCUGGCGAGAUGGACGGGGAGGUGCCCGCAGGCUCGGGGGGAGCCGGCACAGACUUGGCAAAGCCUCCAGUAAUUGAGCCAAAGGAUCCGGAACAGCUGCUAAUGCAGACGCCCCAGGGAAACCCGCUGCUGCUUUCCCACACCCUACAAGAGCUGUUGAGCAAGGACACUGUGCAGGUGGAGCUUAUACCUGAGAAGAAGGGCCUCUUUCUGAAACACGUGGAGUAUGAAGUUUCCAGCAAGCGCUUCAAGUGCUCUGUGUACAGGCGAUACAAUGACUUUGUGGUAUUCCAUGAGAUGCUGCUUCAGAAGUUCCCAUAUCGUAUGGUGCCUGCACUUCCUCCAAAGAGAAUGCUGGGAGCUGACCGAGAAUUCAUAGAGUCUAGGCGGCGGGCUCUGAAGCGUUUCAUUAAUCUGGUGGCUCGACAUCCCCCUUUCUCAGAAGAUGUGCUCCUGAAGCUCUUUCUCUCCUUUAGUGGCUCGGAUGUGCAAAACAAGCUGAGGGAGUUGGUCCAAGGAGUGGGAGACGAGUUCAUGACUUGCCAACUAGCCCCCCGGGCCAAGGACUUCCUCCCAGCCGACAUCCAGGCCCAGUUUGCUGCCAGUCGAGAGCUUAUCCGAAACAUCUACAACAGCUUCUACAAACUGCGGGACCGUGCAGAAAGAAUAGCUUCCCGAGCCAUUGAUAAUGCCUCAGAUCUUCUCAUAUUUGGAAAGGAACUAAGUGCUUUGGGCUCAGACACGACACCACUUCCCUCCUGGGCUGCUCUGAACAAUAGCACGUGGGGGACUCUGAAACAGGCCUUGAAAGGCUUGUCUGUUGAAUUUGCGCUGUUGGCCGAUAAGGCUGUACAGCAGGGAAAACAGGAAGAGAGUGAUGUGGUGGAGAAGCUGAACCUUUUCCUGGAUUUACUCCAGUCCUAUAAAGAUCUAUGUGAGAGGCAUGAGAAGGGAGUACUGCACAAACACCAGCGAGCUUUGCACAAAUACAGCAUGAUGAAGAAGCAGAUGAUGAGUGCCACUGUGCAGAACAAGGAGCCAGAGUCCGUGGAACAGCUGGAGUCACGAAUUGUGGAGCAAGAGAAUGCCAUCAUGACCAUGGAGCUGCGGAAUUACUUUUCUUUGUACUGCCUGCACCAGGAGACACAGCUAAUCCAUAUCUACCUGCCUCUCACUUCCCACAUCUUGGGAGCUUUUGUCAACUCCCAGAUCCAGGGCCAUAAAGAGAUGAGUAAAGUUUGGAAUGAACUGAAGCCAAAGUUAAGCUGCCUGUUUGUGGGACCCCACAACAUGCCAACACCACCAUUGUCACCCCCAGAGGGCAACUUCUUUGCCAAUUAACGCUCUGAGAUCUGACACUGACCAAGUCGAAGUGUGGUCAAGAGAGGGGUGUGACCUCUAUCUCCAGAUAUUAAAAGGAAUCCUCCAAACAGCUAUUUUUAUACUGCUGCUUUGAGCUGCUCUCUGACUUAUGGACAGACUGGAAACCGAAGCACAUACAAAGAAAGAGAGAGACAAUCUCCUGAUUUUUGUUCUUUAUUUUGAAGUGCCUUGGGGCACGACUGAGAUUCAUUGCCCCAGAGGCCCUCUGCCUAAGGACUGGAAGUGGCUUGGUACAUCACUUGCUGCAGUUCAGCUGUUGCUGAAGUCUCAUGCUGCUCAUACUAACUACCCUCUUACAGCUAUCAACACAUAUACUGGCCAAUGUGUAAAGUGCUGAGUCGCACAGGCUGUCUGAAGCAUUCCUUGCUAUUUAAGCUUGGGGCCCAACCUAGAGGCAUAUGUGGGUAAGGAGAGCUGAAGGCUAGCCUCCCUUUCUCCCCAGGUUCAUUGGUUAGAUGUUUGAUUUCAUAUUGCUAGAUCCACAUGCAAAACAGAGGAAAGCUUCUGGUUGGCUCUCUAGCUCUGCUGGGUGGGUCAGUGCUGGAUGUGAUGUUUCCCAGUGUGGGAGUUGAACUCAUGUCACAGGAGAGCACAGGGCAUAUUUGCUCAUGAGUGGUAAUGUGUGGCCAAAGAUGACCUUGCUGAACAGCAUUUCUUACGGGAGUCUGCCAGUCACAUGUGUAGAAAAUAGCUGAUUGAAACUACGAUACACCCCUUAGAAAGGGAUAACUUUUCAUACUGUUGAAGCAGGGCAGUUCUGGGGUGAUCAACUUUCCUGGGAAGAGCUGGAGUCUUCACUCCUGGGUGUCUGUUACACGCUGGUAUCCUCAGAGGACGGCUGCCUGUAAGAUCCCGAACUGGCUAAGGCUGAUGUUCCCUCUGAUCUACUAUCAAUUGUUACAUAACCAGGACAGGACUGAACAUGUUCAGUCCAUCAGCAAGAGUCAGUAUUUAUCAUGAUGAUGCUGCCACUCUUUUCUGGCAGCACCACCAUGAUCAUCAUCUCUUGAAGAUGAAGACAAACGCCUUGAGGUGAAGGAGGCAAUAAGCUUCAAGUGAGUGAAAAGGAAACACACUGACUAGGAAGAAUGAGCUGUCAAAUUUGGACCAUAAUUAUUUCCCUAUUCUAGGUAACUUGCCCAUUAAAGGGGGAUAUAUUCAACUUCUCUAAUUUUAGAAUUCUGAUUCUUAUAUAUAGUGUUGGCUAGUUUCUGCUGCAAGAGGAACUAGGAUUGAAAUAACCAAAGUUACUUGACAUAUGUCAAUAAGCUAAUCAGUGUUCUGGUGUCUGGGACAGGCAGGACCCUUCCAUCUUUGAGAAAUCACCACUGUGGGACAGGGGCUACACUAGAUUGUCCUACAUAGGACACUGAGUUUGUCUACAUUGCAAUCAUCAGAUGUGACUACAGCAUGUGUAGGCAUAGCCAAGCUCGCUUUACUCUAGCCAGCUCAGCUACUGGGAGCAGUGAAGCCCUGGCAGUGCACAGUUCAGCGCUGACUGUACAAAUGUGUCCAGAACCCAGGUAAUUACUUGGAUGACUAGCCCAUGCUGAAACCAGUGCUGCUCUUGCUUCACUCCUACUCACACACAAGCUAGCUUGAUUAAACUAGCUAUGUGAACUGCAGCCACACUCUAUUAAUGCAGUGUAAAUGUGCCCGGUGUGUGUCGAUUUCUUGGUGCUGGGGCUAGGGAGAGCUGUGGCUUUUGACACUCUUAAAGGGGUGAAUGUAAAAACAGGUCUUACGCAGAAUGCAUUGCUUGUUGCGUGUUAGCAGCUUAAGUGCUAACUCUUUCUAAUGCUUGCUCAAAAUGUUUCCCUUGCAACUAAUCUACCAUGCUUUGCAAGAGCCUGAGACAGGUGCUAGCGAAUCUUUGGCAGAGAAUACAAAGCAAUACAGAAGAGAUUCUAUUCACAAACCAGGACAAAUUGCUAAGACCAUAAAUGUAUGUACAGUGUAAUAAUAAACCACCAUCCUGAGUGGUAGACAGGAAACAUUUCUCCACUUGACCUUGUUUAGACUAGGAAGAUAGGUUGCUUUAUGUUAGCUUACAUUACAUUUUAAUGUGAUUUUAAACACUAGUGCAGACAGUAUCAAUGCUUUUAAAAAUGUGUUGCCUGGUUGUGGUCAACCCCAGCUCCUGUGCCCCCAGCAUAAAUCUUUUUAUUUUUUUGGUAAUCAAAGAGUAGUUUGUCUACUGUUAAAUUAAACAAAUAAUCAAAAUAAGAAAAUACUGUACAUUGUCUUGGAAAAGUUUGGAUCUCCCAUAUAAUCAAAUGGGGAGCUGCGUUGCCUGUAUCAGUUGUCUGAUAGAGGGUGAUCAUCAGCAUAGCAAAGAGUGGGCUCUAGUAGAAAGAAACUUUGCCCUUUCACAGUUAUAAAAAGCCUGAAAGUGUAACAACUAUUUCUAAACUCUUAAGCGCAUAUUAAAUAGUUAGCUGUCCAAGGGAUAACUGCUCAUUGCUGUUCUUUAAGCAGCAGCCCUUUCAGGCUCUGCCUGUGGAAUUCAGUCGGAUAAUCAGCUUUAUAUAUGUCACAGGCUUAACCUAUCUUAAAAAGAAAUGUUUCAUUGGAGUGGCUCUGAGUGAGAAUACAUCCAUUCGUGCAGUUGCCUUGUCCUAGCCCCUGAAUGAACACAGGGAUGAGCAUACACUGCUUCACUGAGGACUGCAGUUGCCGUUCAACAACAUCUGCUGUUUUGGGCAGCUUUCAAGAGAGAAUGAGUGCCUCGUGUUCAUAUACCUGAUACAGCCAAUGCCACAUCCUGGGGGACUGCCCUGGUUACUACUCCCUCUGUGGAGCAUCUUCCUCUCAUAUUGUGGUUCAUACAAGCUUUAACUUGCAAACCUUUUUUUAUAGACUUAGCCAUUCUGGUCUGAAAUCCAAAUGGUGGUGGCAUGACUACUUCCAGCAGCAGAGAAGGGGCUUCUGCACUUGUAUUCUCCUCUCAGUUUAGGGUCAAUGCAGUUUGCAGAGAUAGCGUCUAUUUCAACUUCUCUGCUGUGGAAGAGUGCAGGGUAGAAAAGUCCAACUGAUUUCAGUUCUCUAUGUGCCAUAUGCAAUGUAGAGGAAGGAGAACCAGCUGCUUCCAUAGUCCAUGCUAUGUUCAGACUAACAAACAGAAAUAGUGAAAACAAAACAUAAUGCAUUGAAUAAGCAGUUCCCAACACCAGAGCCGGUAGGGCAUUAGCUUGCCAAAUUUUCUGAUAACUGGAAUUAGUUUUGAAUUGAUGUUAAGCACAACAGGAAAUGAGUUCAACAGGGCAUGCCAGUUAGCCAAGACCUGCUGCUGCUGUAAGCUCUAGCACCAAAGAGUUAAUGUGUCUUUCUGAAUGGAAGCUUUCUCUGCCCAUAUUGACCUCAUGGGGGCUUCCACCCGUUUGCGAUGUGACUUUGUAGAUAAGGCAUCC